ACACCUGUUUCUCUCGUCUGCAGUUCAUUCGUUCAACUUCUCUGAAUCGCAUUAAGUUGAAUGGGACAGUUGUUGAUCUUCGUAAUUUAGAUAAUGUGAGAGUCGGUUUCAUCAUCUUCACCAGGGUAUGUUCAAUAUUUGCAUUGCUAGCUUGCUAUUUUCUGCAAUCUGUGAGUGUGCGCGGCAGCAGGGCGUCUAGUGUGUAGUCAGUAAUGGAUUUUCACCGUGCAUGAUCGUUUCUGAUGGUCAUUGAUGGAAAAUGGGAGUUGUUCUAUUGCCCAAUGCAGCAUUUGGGUCUCCUCCUCACUGCCCAAUUGUUUGCUCAGGCAUGCUUUCUGGCUAUAGUUCAAAUUAUUAUCUUAGGUGCCAUUCCCCCAAAUUUAGAAGCACUUCUAAUGGGAGAAGGAAACUUUUGUCCAUGAGCAAUCGGUUUCGUCGAUCAAGGACCAUUAUUUUAUCUAGCGCGGGUGAUUCAAAUGAUGCCUUUAUGGAGAUUGAUGACCAUGGGGAUGGUUAUUCAUCAGGAAGGAGUGAAGUCUUAGAGGUAUAUGAAGAUGAACUACUGGCAGCCAAAAAAGCUCUUUCUGAGGCCCGAGUUAGACAAGAAAGCAUAGAGAAAGAAAGAGAUCAGUUACUUGAAGAACUGGCUCGAUCCCAGGCCAAGCAGCAGGAGUAUGUGAAUACUAUAUUGCAUGAUAAGGAACUGGCUAUUGCAGAACUCGAGGCGGCUAAGUCUAUUUUUAAUCAGAAGCUCCAAGAGUCUGUGGAAGAGAAGUUCACCUUGGAAUCAAAAUUGGUCCUUGCAAAACAGGAUGCUGUUGAACUAGCAGUACAAGUUGAAAAGUUAGCAGAGAUUGCAUUUCAGCAGGCCACCUCUCACAUAUUGGAAAAUGCACAACUGAGGGUUUCAGCGGCAGAAACUUCUGCUGCUGAGGCAGUUUAUCAGAUAGAAGAACAAAUGAGGAAUGCAACAGAAGGUACCAUACUAUCCAUUGUUGAACAGUCAAAGGAUGCUAUACAGAAGGCUUUGGUUGUGGCGGAUAGUGCUGGUGACUAUGCAACAAGAGCAGUGGCCACAAUUACAGAUGCAAUUAAUCCGAUAGAUGAAAUUGCAUCCAUACAAUCUCAGAAUAUUAAGUUGCAGGGUUCUGUUCGUGAUUUAGAAGCUCAGUUGUUGCUUACAAGAACUGAGGUUGACGGAUUGAAGUUUGAGUUGGAACAAGCCUGUGCACGAGCGAAUGCAUCUGAAGUUCGAGCUAAUGAUGCGGAGAGACGGUUGCUUGAAUUUCAGGAGUCAAACAGGAAAAUAUCUCUUCAGCAAGAGGAGGAAAAUAAAUCAUUGCUGGAGAAAGUGAAGAAAGAUGCAGCCGACAGGAAGAAGGCCAUUUCCAAGGCUUUUAAGGUUGAGUUGGAGAGCAUUAAGGCUGUCAUUGAAGCUGCUAAAAAAACGGCACUUUUGAAAGAUGAGGCCUAUAUGAGGAGAUGUGAAGCACUGCAGAGAUCAUUAAGGGCAUCUGAAGCUGCCUUGAAGAUGUGGAGACAGAGAGCAGAAAUGGCAGAAUCACUAUUAUUAAAGGGAACUCCACUUGUUGAAGGGGACCAAGAUAACAUUUUUUUGGUAAAUGGAGGACGUAUAGAUGUUUUGACCGAUGAUGAUUCUCAGAAAUGGAAAUUACUGAGUGCUGGUCCUCGUAGGGAAAUUCCAGAAUGGAUGGCACGGAGGAUUCAGACCAUCCGUCCAAUGUUUCCACCUCGAAAGAUUGAUGUAUCUGAAGCCUCCUUAUCAAAAUUUAUAAAUUUGGAGUUGCCCAAACCUGAAGAAGUGUGGUCAAUUGCUCAGGAAAAGACAAAGGAAGGGGACACACUUAUAGAGCAUGUAAUUGAGAGAGAAGUGAUAGAGAAGAAACGGAAGGCUUUAGAACGUGCUCUUAAGCGAAAGACCAUUCAGUGGCUGAAGACACCAGAACAAACAAAACUAGAGCCAGGGACAGGCACUGGGCGUGAAAUUGUGCUUCAAGGUUUUAAUUGGGAAAGCUGGAGAAGGCGGUGGUACCUGGAGUUAGCUCCUAAAGCUGCUGAUUUAUCUCAAUGUGGAAUAACAGCAGUGUGGCUCCCACCUCCAACAGAAUCUGUUGCUCCUCAAGGUUACUUGCCGUCUGAUCUCUACAACUUGAACUCUGCUUAUGGUUCUGAGGAAGAGCUCAAGCAUUGUAUAAAUGAAAUGCAUACUCAAGAUCUUUUGGCCUUGGGAGAUGUUGUACUGAAUCAUCGAUGCGCGCACAAGCAGAGUCCCAAUGGUGUCUGGAACAUAUUUGGUGGCAAGCUUGCAUGGGGACCAGAAGCAAUUGUUUGUGAUGACCCAAAUUUUCAGGGUCAAGGAAAUCCUUCAAGUGGUGAUAUAUUUCAUGCGGCCCCAAAUAUUGAUCAUUCCCAAGGUUUUGUUCAAAGAGAUAUAAAGGAAUGGUUAAAUUGGCUCCGCAAUGAUAUUGGUUUUGAUGGGUGGCGCCUGGACUUUGUGAGAGGAUUCUCAGGUAGUUUUGUAAAAGAAUAUAUUGAAGCUUCAAACCCUGCAUUUGCUAUUGGGGAAUAUUGGGACAGUUUGGUGUACGAAGGUGGCAAUUUGUCUUACAACCAAGAUGCUCACCGCCAACGCAUAGUUAAUUGGAUUAAUGCCACAGGUGGUACUUCCUCUGCUUUUGAUGUCACAACAAAGGGGAUACUUCAUUCUGCUUUACAUAAUCAGUACUGGAGGUUGAUAGAUCCUCAAGGAAAACCAACAGGAGUAAUGGGAUGGUGGCCCUCACGGGCUGUCACAUUUUUGGAGAACCAUGAUACAGGAUCAACGCAGGGUCAUUGGCCAUUUCCACGUGAGAAGCUUACACAAGGAUAUGCUUACAUUUUAAGCCAUCCUGGGACGCCUGUUAUAUUUUAUGAUCAUUUCUACGACUUCGGCAUUCGUGAUGUGAUAACAGACUUAAUCGAGGCCCGGAGACGGGCUGGAAUCCAUUGCCGGAGCCCCGUCAAGAUAUACCAUGCAAACAAUGAAGGUUACGUUGCACAGGUUGGUGAUGCACUGGUAAUGAAGCUUGGCCAUUUUGAUUGGAAUCCUUUCAAGGAAAAUAAUUUGGAUGGGAGCUGGCAUAAGUUUGUUGGCCAAGGAUCAGAUUAUCAGGUGUGGUUAAGACAAUAAUUAGUGUGCUGGUAUUUUGAAAUAAAGGAAAUGCUUCUUUUUUCUUUUUUAAUAAUGCCUCAUUAGAAUGUCAGAGUUGGAGAAACAGUCUCUGUAGAACCAUUUCCAUUUGGGAUAUGUCAAGUUAGGACCUGGGGAAGCUUGGAUUGGUGUAUUUAAUGGCACUGAUAAGUCUGAUAAAUUAUAUGAAAGAAGCACAAGUAAAAAAUCAUUUAUCUCUCAA